CCCUCCUCCUGCUCUGUCAGACCGAGUAUAUGAGCCGAAGCUCGGCCACUGUUCAUUCACUCUGCUCGCUGCUUAUCACGGCAUUAACAUGGCUGCCAACCGGGUGAUCGUGUACGGAGGCAAAGGCGCUCUGGGCUCGAAGUGUGUCCAGCAUUUCAAAGCUAAAGGAUGGUGGGUCGCCAGCAUCGACAUGGUUGCAAACGAGGAGGCAAACGAAAAUGUGAUUGUGAAGAUGAGUGAAUCUUUCACCGAACAGGCUGGACAGGUGACGACAGAUGUGGCUCAGUUGCUGGGGGAACAGAAAGUGGAUGCCAUCUUGUGUGUGGCAGGAGGAUGGGCAGGGGGAAGCUGCAGCUCCAAAGAUUUAUUUAAAAACUCAGAUCUGAUGUGGAAGCAGAGUGUUUGGACCUCCACGAUCUCCAGCCGCCUCGCUGCUCUGCACCUUAAACAAGGAGGACUGUUGACUUUGCCCGGAGCUAAAGCAUCUCUGUCAGGCACUGGAGGCAUGAUCGGAUACGGCAUGGCCAAAGCUGCAGUCCACCAGCUGUGUCAGAGUCUUGCAGCAAAGAACAGCGGGAUGCCGUCAGAAGCUGCUGCUGUGGCCAUACUGCCGGUUACCUUGGAUACGCCAAUGAACAGGAAGUUCAUGCCUGACGCAGACUUCGGGUCCUGGACACCGCUGGAGUUCAUCGCAGAAUUGUUCUUUAACUGGGCCACUGGAGUGAACCGGCCAGCUUCAGGAAGCCUGAUGCAGCUGCUGACCUCUGGAGGGGAAACCCAGACUGUGCCAGCCGAGUAGAGGACAGAGAAGAGCAGUGGAGACGGUGAUGGAGGGGUUUGGAGAGAGAGGGAGGGACUGGAAAAUGGAUAAAAGCAGAGAGAGGGGGUGAGAUGAGAGGGAGAGGCACAGAGAUAAACUAGUAGAAAGAGGAGGAGGAUGUGGAGAAGGUGAGUUCAGAGAUAGGAGGAGUGACAAAGAGGGUUUCAGGUGCAGAUGAUGACAAAGAGAAGCUGAAUAAAACAAAAGAAGAGGUGGGAAGGAGGCUGCUAGAUGGGGCUGUUUUUGAGUUUCAGGAGAGCUUUCAUUGCAAUUGAAGCCCCACAGCGCCAUCUAGCUGUAAAUCCCUGCAAUCAUAUCACAGCCAAUCAGACCAUCAAAACUCCAAAGAUGACCAUGUUAGAGCAUAUUUAAAGGUGCUUUUUCACCUUUGAACUAAAACUUCCACAGUUAUUCAAGUAUUGAAGUAUUUUAAAUUUGAAAUAUUUCCUAUCAAAUUAUUUAUGUGCCCCCUUUUUAUGCCAAGAGUCUUCAGUAGCUGUCAGUUAAGAAGACAAACAUGACAUUUGUGCCCUGCUGUUGAUAUUUUGUGAGGUAGCCUUGUUAUUACUCCUGUAAUAAUGUUAAGAUAACCAAAAAAAAUGAAAGGGUGUCCUCCGUUGUCCUCCUUAUUUCUUCUUUUUUUCCAAAUCAGUAGCCUCAUACAUGCAUACGUAGAUAUACAGACAAAUUAGCAGUUAUUCAUACAUAAUCUACAGUCAUUUUAGUGUCAGUUAAGUAUUAUGUCAGUUGAGCUUUUAGUUAGUGACCUUGCACUUGUAGAAGAACCUUCAGAGACAGUAAAAGUCUAAAGUCAAAGCAAGCCGCUGUCAUUUCUCAAACGGACAAUACACUUUUAAAGUGGAGUGGCCUUAUUUUAUGUCUGUAUCAGUCUAGUCAAAGUGUCCUUGUCGUCUGCAGUGUGAAGAAGGUGCUCUGUUCCUUCUGUGAGUUUUAUAAGUUGUGUAUUGUGACUGUGUUUAAUUCAGAAUAAAAAUGAGUCAAAACACCAAA